AUGGAGAUUGAGAGUGAUAUCCACAUCUUCUUGGGCACCUACCCGAGGAGGUCGGCAAACAUCAAGGCGUCCUUCCAUGUCACACCUAGGGUGGCUCGAGGCGGUCAAGUAGUCUUCUCGAAUGACGAACAACCUCAAGAGACCUAUUUCGAAGAGGCGACCUGGGCCCAGUACCUUGGAGACACCUCCAGCUCUUCAGGUCUCUCCUCAGAUGACGGCCGAGCGUCUGAAAUGUUCCCUACCUACCCAGCCUCCGUUGGCACCCGCUCCAUCACCGACGACUCUUCUUCCGUUCACACCCCGGAGCCUGUAACACCCAACGAUGAACCGGCCUCCAUUCUCUCCAGCUCUCCAUCCUCUCUAGAGGUCCAGCUACCUGGCCAAGGAUCCUACAGUGACCUCGGGCGGCUGCGUGGUUACGACGACAAGUUGACUACGCCACACUACGACCCAGCCCAGAACCCUCCUAGAUCUCUGACGCUUCAGGUUGAUGCUCCUACACGCGUCACUAAGAAGUCUGCCGCUUCCAGGCCACGGGUCGUCAAAGAUGUCAAAAAGGUGAACCAAGUCAGAGGAACUGGAGCCUGCCUCAAAUGCCGAAUCCAGAAGGUACCUUGCUUAGUUACCGAUCCAUGCGAAACAUGCACGAAAUUCAGCAUCAAAGAAAACAUGAACUCUUCCGAGGUCUACUGUAUCCGGGGAGAUUUGAGCACCGUUGCCAAGGAAUUUUCCUCCAGGAGGUUUGCUUGCUUGGCUCAGAAGGAAGAUCGUGCUGUCAAUGAUACAUUGAGACAAGCAAGCCCCGAGUUCCGAGGGCCGAUCUUCUACGGACGAAUUCUGUUCGAGCGGGAUAACACCAAAGCUUCGAUCCCGGCAGCCUUGAGGAACUACUCUUGCACGGCACCCAACCACGGUGGUUGCACCUUUUCGAGGGACCAUCCCAAUCCGGCAUUGGUGCAAGAGGAACUCGUCAAAUGGGCCGAACUCCAAGUCUCGUCAGAAGACCACAGAACAUUCGAAGGCGGCAUUGAAUCAUUCAUCAAGCUCUACUCAAAACCUUUCCAAUGCGACCGCUUCAGCGUCAGUCACCGUCCUCAGAUUCAACUUUUGCAAAAAGUGCAUACCUUUAAAUCAAUGUACAAAGUCUAUCGGACACCUAAUUUCUACUUUGCGCCGUCAAACAACGGUCCAGUAACCGAACUAUCAUUCUCUGCGCAAGCCCAGAUCCGCGGUGUCGCCAAGUACGCUCUAGAAGCAUCUGAACGAGAUGUUCUCGCCGAGUUAGACAAGUAUUUAAAGUCAAAGAUUGAGAAUCAUGAAAGACCGGCUGUUUGGGCAGCGUUAUGGCAGAUGAUGCUCGUCUAUCGAGACUUGCUGAAGAACAUAAGGUCGUGGCAUACCGCCAACAACGCCGAGUCUCUUCUUAACGCCGUGGCGGUCUUCUACGGAAGCUCUUUCCGCACCUCGGCGGCGCUCAAAAUGUCUUUGGACAAGACCCAUCAUGGAGAGAUUGCUCAGUCGUUUGAAUAUGCCUUGGGCCUCCGCGAUACUUUCUAUCGACAGAUCACUGCAGAGGUUGACAUUAUUGAUCACCGCCUCAAGGCCCUAGUUGUAGACCCAGAAAUGAAGGUUCUCAAACGAAGGCAAACCAAAAAGCCGGCCAAUGGUAAACGCUCUGGUGCUGACGAACACGACGACGAAGAUGAUGUUAUGGGAGGUUGCUGA